AUGGGGUGGAAAGCCCCCACUCCCACCACCAUACAGGAGGAUGGGGAGGGUGGGGUGAGAGUGCCCCCUCCCACCACCAUACAGGAGGAUAGGAUGAGAGUAACCCCCUCCCACCACCGCCCACGGGAGGAUAGGAGAGAAAGUGGCCCCCCCUCCACCACCAUACAGGAGGAUAUGGUGGGAAGCACCCCUCCACCUCACCACUGCUUCACAGGAUGGGAACCACAAUCUGUCCUGUUUGAAGAGAGGGUCAAACCAGCACCUGGAAACGGAAACCAGCACCGAAACCAGGAAGCCAGCGCCGAAACCAGCGCGCCCAACCGCGCGCAAGCCAACCCGGGCGACCAAACAACCAGCCCCACACCGAAACCCGGGCGGUCCAAACCGACGCACAAGACCGCCCAGCUACAACCGGCACCUGGACACCGCCCAAGCGCGGGAAAGCCAGCACCCGCAGCACCAACCCGGAACCAGCGCCUAACCAGGAACCGCGCAGACCAGGAGAACCAGCACCUGAAAGAGCCCGGGAACCAGCACCAGCACGGAACCGACCGGGAGGCCAGACCAGGACCAGACGCCACGGCGGGCGGAAACCAGACCAGCGCGCAGGAGCGGGGCAGACCAGGAAACCCGGAAGCCAGCACCUGGACGGGCGCAAGCCCAGCACUGAAACCAGCACCGAAACCAGCACCGAAACCAGCACCAGGAAACCAGCACCAGGAAACCAGCACCUGGAAACCAGCAAAACCAGCACUGCAAACCAGACCUAGAAAACCAGCACCCGAGCUAGCACCAGAAACCAGCACCUGGAAACCAGCACCUGAAACCCAGCACCUCGAAACCAGCACCGGAAACCACACUAUGGCACCAGAAACCAGCACCAAACCAGCACCUUGA